CUGGUUAUUUUUAACCUCCGCUCUCUCUCUAUGGAGUGUUGUCUGCAAAGCCUCCCGACAGCUCUUAACCUGCGCCACCUUUCCUUAGCCUUCACCCCCAAAACCCAACUCCUCUCUAUCAAUACAUACCAAACAAGACAAUCUCAACCCCCUUUGAUUCCCAGCUUCAUUCUCUCAAGAAAGCCUUCAAACCCAUUUCAGCUUUCUCCUUCCGUGCCAUUUGCGACGUCGGAUGGCCAAUCUGGUGCAGGAAUAAGCACAGAAACAGCUGAAUGGGCAAUGCAAGAUUUUUAUACAUUAAGGAAGGAUGUGGAAACUACUAUCGAACGUGUUGAAGAAAUUAGGGCCUCUGCAGGUCUUGACCAGUUAGAAGCAGAGCUCGCAGCUUUGGAGAACAAGGCAGCAGAUAGCUCUUUAUGGGAUGAUCCUGCUAAAGCACAGGAAACCCUUCUGGCCCUCACUGAUGUCAAGGAUAAAAUCAAACUGCUCACAGAGUUCAAAUCCCAGGUUGAGGAUGCGGAAAUGAUAGUAAAGCUGACUGAGGAAAUGGAAUCUAUAGAUACAGGGCUUCUUGAAGAGGCCUCCAAGAUCAUUCGAGAGAUGAGCAAAUCGCUGGAUCGGUUUGAGUUGAACCAGCUGCUUUCUGGACCUUAUGAUAAAGAAGGUGCUGUUGUCACUAUCACUGCUGGUGCUGGGGGUACUGAUGCACAGGAUUGGGCUGACAUGCUUCUUAGAAUGUACGUAAGAUGGGGUGAGAAGCAGCGGUACAAGACAAAAGUGGUUGAGAAAUCUAUGGGAGAGGAGGCCGGAAUCAAGUCGGCUACAAUUGAAUUGGAAGGGCGUUUUGCUUAUGGUUACUUGUCUGGGGAGAAAGGAACACAUCGUAUUGUUCGGCAAUCUCCUUUCAAUGCAAAAGGUCUUCGCCAGACAAGUUUUGCUGGUGUCGAAGUCAUGCCCCUCCUUCCCGAAGAGUCAUUGGAUGUUGACAUACCUGAAGAAGACCUUGAAAUAAGCUACUCAAGAGCAGGUGGAAAAGGAGGCCAGAAUGUGAACAAGGUUGAAACGGCUGUUCGGAUUGUUCACAUCCCCACUGGCAUUGCAAUCCGCUGCACAGAAGAAAGAUCUCAACUAGCAAACAGAAUCAAAGCUCUUAGCCGUUUAAAAGCCAAACUGCUUGUCAUUGCCGAGGAGCAGCGGGCAUCCGAAAUCAAGCAAAUACGGGGAGAUGCAGUGAAGGCCGAGUGGGGUCAGCAGAUCCGUAAUUAUGUCUUCCAUCCUUACAAGCUUGUGAAAGAUGUGCGGACAGGGUUGGAAACUUCAGAUAUCAAUUCUGUUAUGGAUGGUGAACUGGAAUCAUUUAUCAAAGCUUACCUCAAAUACAAAUACACCCAAACGGUGACCACAGGCAGCCUAAAAUGAGAAUUAUGCAUCGCUUCUUUUAUUACUGUUGAUUUUGUAUAUCAUGGGGUCAUUGAUUGCUAUUUGUGGCAGACGAUUCCAUUAAACUCUGCAAUUUGUUUGCAGUGGAAAUGAUUUUAGGCAGCUGAUAAGAUUUCCAUCGUGUUGUGAUGUGGAUUUCUGAAACUGUUGGCAGGUCUUCUUUUUGUAUCAGGGACUUGUUGCAGCUCGCUUCAUGUUCCUUUCUUGGUUCUUUUAGGGGUUGUUUGGCAACCUGGAAUUUGAAAAUUACUUCAGGAAUUGGGUUCCUGGGAAUUUCAUUC